AUGGUCUCCCUGGCAAAGGGGCCACAGUACAUGAGCCAGGUGGAGUUCACCAUCGACAGGAGCGGUGAAGGCGCUGUCUGGUACGACAUGUCCUCCGUUGAAGGCGUCUCUGGGGGCAUCACCAUGAACUAUACGGAUGCCUCGGGCAACGCCCAGACGGACGUUGCCAUACCCGGGAAAUUUUCCGGCUCCGAGCUGAGGGUAGUGCCUGCGCCCGGCAUCGGCUUCCCGACCGUCCUCUCCGACAAGAACGUGCAGGGAAGCUGCGAGUGCGAGUCGUUCUCGCCCUCGUCCAACCGGUGCAACACCGACGCCUGCUACGCCAGCUGCCCAGGGCCCCUCGUCGACAACCCCUGCGGGCAGCACCGCUGCAGGGAGUGGUACGCCAGGCAGUACGAGGACUCCUCGAGCUACUGCGGCUGGCUGUACGCGGAGGGCGCGCAGACCUACUGCUGGGCCAUGGACGAGUGGAAGUGCGUGGACGCCGACUGCGGCUACGGCGGGGAGGGCCAGCCGAGGAAGGACUGCAGCUCGAGGUACCCCGAGGACGCCCCCGCGAACAGCUACAGCUGCGGCCACGGCGGCAGCAUGCCGGGACCCAACGGCACGCAGUGGUGGACCUCGGGCGCCGGGUGCGAGGACAAGCUCGUGAGGGGCGUGCCGACGAACCCCGCGCCGCCCAUCCUCGUGAAACGGCGGCCGCAUAGCCAUCAGCUUCGAGAAUUUGCCCUGGCUCCACGAAUGAUGCGAGCCGGCAUGUGGCGAGCCUGGGCCAUGGCUCGCAUCUGGCCCCCUAUCCACGUUGUCGUCGUCGUCCCCGUCUGGCUCCUCUCAGAGAGGCCGCGGGAGCGAGAGCCCGACGCGGCAGGCCCUGCCCAGCUCCUGCAUCUCCACCAUACUCCGACUCCUCCCUCUCCUGGA